ACCUUCUGUUUCCUCAUGUCUUCUCUACAGAUGGCUCACAGACUCCUAAUACGUAGAAUUUGGACACUGUCUACAAAAGAUAUCCGCUGUCUCCCAACGUCCACGGCCACCAUAGCUUCUUCUUCUUUUUCCACCUCCCUUCAGUCUGCUCAAAGCCGGGUCUUCUUCCUCUCACCGUCACGCUCUCUGCCUCGCUCCCUUCCUCACACCUUCAGCCGCACAGUCUCCUUCAAUGUUCAGGACCAUGAAGACUUCACAGAGAGGGUCAUCAACAACGAACUGCCUGUGCUAAUCGACUUCCAUGCUCAGUGGUGUGGUCCCUGUAAGAUCCUUGGACCAAGGUUGGAGAAAGCUGUUGCAAAACAGAAAGGCCGCGUUGCCAUGGCAAAAGUUGACAUAGACGAUCACACGGACUUGGCUAUCGAGUAUGGGGUAUCUGCCGUCCCGACUGUCAUCGCCAUGCGGGGAGGUGAUGUCGUCGACCAUUUUGUGGGGAUCAAAGAUGAUGACGAGCUGGACUCAUUUGUCAGCAAAGUCAUUGGACAAUGAAAACAAUGGUUUUCCAACCCUGCUACUCACACCACACUGGUGCGUUUUUUUGUAUGAAUCUAGCAUACAAAAGCCGCCAUCUUGAGCCUGUUUAGCAACCUCUAACAAUAAUUAAAUCCUUGCCGCAAUCCCAGUUGGCAGACUUUCAAAUGCUCACACCCAUCCCUAGACACACUGCUUCAGCUGUGCAUCACUUCUCUGUCUCCGUGUCUCUUGUGUUUCCUUUGUCUAGUGCUGGGUGUGUGCCGCCAUUAACCUCUCAGUUCACGCUGUGCUCCCUUUUGGAGCAGCCCCGUUUCUCUUCAGUAAUGUGACAGCUCCAUUCGGAGCUGCCGUACUGCUGUGUGACAGUUUGCUGUAAAAGUCUGUAGAAUGGAAGAAAACCAAUGCUGUAACACACUUGCUACUAUACGACAUGGGUGAUAAAUGUUUAUAGUUUUAAUGGGGAAAGGAUUUAACUUAAAACCCAAAUUUAUUCAUUGAGGUUUGGGACAGUGUUACCUGUACUUGCUGCUUUUAUCCACAAGAGGGUGGCAUUUCUUAACCAUUGCAAGGCCACAAAUGGUAAUUUUACACCUCCAUUAUGCCUGAUAAUGUGAGAAAGGAAGAUGUCUUUAUGUAUGUAUGUAUGUGUGUCUGUGAGAGAGAGAAAGAUAGAGAGCAUGUGUAUCUUUGGGUCCUGACCGUGAACCUCAAGUCAAGCAGGAAUGAGUUUGAUUUAGUCUUAUUACUGAACAAGUGAUGUAAUAAAGGAGUUAAAUGUCA